UUAAAUUUAAAAAAAAGGAUAAAAUUCUUAAAAAAUGUUAAAAAAGAAGAAAAUUUGGAUUUUUCCAAACUCAAAAUGAUAGAAUUUGUGUGAAAUGUUGUGAAAAUCGUCGUAAUAUAAUGAUAAUUAGUGUUUUUGUCGGUGGUGUUUUUCAUCGAACAAAGCCAUUUUGCGUUAUACCAAAUUUCUUUUGAUUUAUGAAAAUUUAUGAGAAGAGGGCAAGCCAUUCAAAAAAUGACCACCAUUUGUAAAAUUGAAUUUGUAGACAAUCCCAGAAAGGUCGUUUAUGCUGGCCAAGUGCUUCGUGGCACGGUCAAAUUGAUUUUAACAAAAGUGAAAAAACUUCGUAGUCUCUAUAUUCGGAUACACGGGCGUGCCUAUGUGCACUGGGUGGAUGGCACAAAUGACAGUCGAAAAGUUCGCGUUUUUACAGGAAACGAAGAUUAUUUUAGCGAACGAAAGAGUUUUGUUGGUGGUUAUUCUGGUGAAAUUCGUUUGGGUCCUGGCACAUAUAACUAUACGUUUCAAUGUUCACUACCUCAUAACUUACCAACCUCUUUGGAAUCAGAGUAUGGUUACAUAAGAUACACGGCUCGUGUGGUUCUGGAUAAUCCUCAAUGGCCCGAUAAAACGUUUUCGGAACCGUUUACUGUUAUUCGAGCACUCGAUUUGAAUGAUUUUCCAGCUCUUCGGAGACCAGUUGUUGUGAAAAAAACCGAUACGUUUUAUGUGUGCUGUUUGCUAUGUUGUUGGUCGUCAGAUCCAAUGAAAAUCGUGGCAUAUACACCAGUCGGAGGAUACACGCCCGGUCAGUUCAUCAAUUUACGGAUGAGUAUAAAUAAUCAAAGCAGUCAAAAAAUCAACGGAUUCACAAUACACCUGAUUAAAAAAAUUACGUACUUCAUUCAUGCUGAGAGCGCCCGACAAAAGAAUUUAAUCUUUUUCCUAACGAAAAAUCAGGUUAAUUACGAAAAUAGAGAUGAAAAUAUUCGUGUAAAUAUUAAAGUGCCAGCGAUUCCUCCAACGGACUUUUCAACCAGCAACAUCAUAAAAUUCAAAUACUGGAUUCGGGUCAUUGUUUCAGUGCCUUGUUGCCACAGUGAUCCAGUUUUUGAAUUACCUGUAACCAUUGGAACUUUUCCGAUUGAUGAUGAUAAUAAUAGUGUGCCUGCGCAAAAUAUACAAAAUGUGCAUCCAAAUAAUGUGAACGAAAUGAACAUUCAAAGUGAAACUUCUAGCUCUUCCGGAAAUGUGAUCACACAACAACCAACAACCUCACAACAAACAAACUCAUCACCACAAUCAUAUCCAAGUACGUCGGCUGCAUCAUCACAUCCACUAUUAACCAAUGAAGAUCCUCCCACUUAUGAAGAAGCGAUGCAACUAAGCCAGGAAACUGACGAUUGUUUCCGUCCUGUCUAUCCAACAUUUAAACGUUCAACUUCUUAUUCAAACGGAAAUUCCGUAAACAACCCAAGUAAAACAACUGCAAUAAACAAAACAAAACAAAUAACAAUCAUGGUGCAUACUACAACUUGCGAAAUUAAUUUCGAUAAUAAUCCCGAUCGUGUCUAUUAUGGUGGACAAAUUGUACGUGGCACCGUGCACUUGGCGUUAGCCAAAGAAAAAUUAAUUCGAGGCAUUUAUAUUGAUUACUUGGGCAGAGCAUAUUGUUAUUGGACAGAAGGAACAGGCAGUAAAAAAGAGGCGCACACAGCAUCGGAAAUCUACUUGGAACAACGCCAAUAUCUUUUGGGCGGUCGUACCGGUGAAAUAACACUUGCGCCAGGUGUGUACAAAUAUGCAUUUCAAGUCGAACUACCAUUAAAUAUACCAACGUCCCUCGAAUCUCAACAUGGUCACAUUCGCUAUGGGUUCCAAGUGGUUUUGGAUCGCCCACUGUGGUCGGAUCAAAAAUUUGAAGAAACAUUUACCGUAAUCAAACCAUUGAACCUAAACAACGACUUAACUUUACGUCAUCCAAUUGUUGAGGAGGAAACCAAACGCUUCAAUCCAUUUUGUUUGUUUACAUGCUGUGCAUCAAGUCCAUUAUUCAUGAUAGCAACGGUGCCAGUGUCUGGUUAUUGCUCCGGUCAAAUGGUGAAUGUCGACUUAGAGCUAACAAAUACCAGCAAUGAAAAUAUCUCGGCAUUCGUGGUUCAAAUAGUCAGAGAAGUCAAGUUUUUUACAUAUGAAAAUAGUGCAAAACACAAAAUCGAAAGGGAUGCAAUCGCUGAAGUUGAAACACGCGGCUGUUAUGCACAACAAAAACAAGCGUACACGGUAAAUAUUUUAGUGCCGCCAACACCCCCAAGUGAUUGUGUCACCAGCAAAAUCGUGCAUGUUAAAUACCACUUAAGAAUUGAAGGUAUGACAGGACGAUGCCAUCUUAAUCCGACAAUUUCAAUUCCAAUAACGAUAGGUUCGUAUCCGAUUUCCGAUCAACCUCCAAACUAUUCAAAUGCCAUCAUGAAUGCCUUUGUGCUUCCGACCAAUCCAAUUUCGAAUUCAAAUGCGGAUACGGACACAAACACAAUGCCAACGAACAAUGAACAGGUGGUACAUCCUCCGCACCCAAAUGCACCACCCGAACAAGAAGUUAAACCUACAGUUGUGGCAAUGCCAUAUCCGCAAAAUGAUCCACCAUCUUAUGAGCAAGCAGUCACAGUAUUUGAACGUAAAUUUGCACCAAACUAUCCAGUGUACCGAAGACAAACAUCAUAUUCAAGUCAAACAAACACACCAGUCCUAAGACGACACUGUAAUCCAUAAAAAUGUUUACCAACUCGUAAAUAUUGUCAAUAUAGAACCCUUUUAACAUGCAGCCGUCAUAUGCUCACAUAUAAACUUAUUCACAUCAGAUGACACACACACACAUAAAUGUACCCUCACAUUUCCAUUUAUCAUUUAAAUUGACUGUAGUGGACAUACGUUAUGGGUGCGUGCUCCUUCUUUCUCUUAAAAGUGUAUAUAUAUUCAAGUUUUUAAGUGAUGUUGUCGAUGAUGUUGUACAACUAAAUUGGAUUUGAUUGAAUUGCGAGAACGGAACACUUGUCCAAACACAAUUCAACAACACUACCAUCUGAUUUAUUAUUGAUAAACAACUGGACAAAUACAAACAAUUACAAAUCUUCCACUGAUUUAUGGUGCAGCCAAAUGAAAUUCAAAAUUAACACAUUCAUUGAAUGCAUAAGUUAUAACUUAAGUGGUUAGCUUAAAUUUUAGCUUAAGUUGCGCUUGUUGGAAUUUACAAACAAACAAAUAUUGUAUUUAUCUGAAAACACACACACAUACUCAGCUCUUAUGUAUUGUGCCUGCUUCUCUUAAGAGUACACAAUUUCGGUGCUUAAAAUUAGAUCGUAUUUUUUCAGAUAUCGUGUGCAGCGGAAAUAGACUUGAAAUAAUUUUACAUCACCCAAAAGACCGACCUAUUGAUUUGAAACGACGAAAAGUCACUGUUACGCGAGUAUAUUAAAGAUCUUGAAUAAAACGAAAAAUGUCAAUUUUUAUUAAAAAAUGGAAUGGAAUAUGAUUAAUUUCGAGAAUUCUAGUCACAAGUGGAUUCUGCUGGAAUAUUCACUUUCAAUAUUUAGAUCAAUCAUUUUCAUAUGCAAUCUGACGACAGUAUAAACAAAACAAUAUCCAUAAACUGAAGCUUAUUUCAAAACAUACACUGUAAAAACUUAUUUGAUUUAAUCGUUA